AUGCUUUUGAUACAUCCAAUAACUCGACCACAACGUUUCAUCACCGGCAAGUUUGAGUCUUUCAUCGGUGUCUCAUUUGCUGUUGGAGCUCGCCGACAUGGUCAACCCAGUGCUGCUGGGGCAACUCGGAGUUUCUACUCCACCGCCCCAGUGAAUCCAUUCCCUGCGGCGAAUCCUUCCACCUCGAACCUAGUGCGCGGUUGCGACCCCGCCGUGGGCUGCUUCUCGCUGUCAGCUUCGAAUCUUAUCCCAGUCAACAACUCUUUCCACACAACAACCCCAAGUCGCUUCAGCAUUCGUAGCAACUCGUUCAGCAAGAUGGCCGCCACCAAGGACUACAGACUUCUCUGCCUUGAGAAUCCCCUUCUCGACAUCCAAGCCUUUGGCGAUGAGGCUCUCCUCGAGAAGUACGGCCUCAAGGCCAACGACGCCAUCCUCGCCGAGGAGAAGCACCAGGGCCUCUUCGAGGACCUCCUCCAGAACUACGAUGCUAAGCUGAUCGCCGGUGGCGCUGCCCAGAACACCGCCCGUGGUGCUCAGUACCUCCUCCCUCCCAACAGCGUCGUCUACCUCGGCGGUGUCGGUGACGACAAGUACGCUGCCAUCCUUCACGAUGCUGUCAAGCAGGCUGGCCUCCGCGUCGAGUACCGUGUCGACCCCAAGAUCAGCACCGGCCGUUGCGGUGUUGUCAUCACUGGCCACAACCGCUCCAUGUGCACUGAGCUCGGUGCCGCCAACCACUACGACCUUGAGCACUUGAAGAAGCCCGAGGUUUGGUCCCUUGUCGAGAACGCCGAGGUCUACUAUGUCGGCGGCUACCACUUCACCGUCUGCCCUCCCGCCAUCAUGGAGCUCGCUAAGCAGGCUGCCAGCGGCAACAAGCCCUUCAUCCUCUCGCUCUCCGCCCCCUUCAUUUGCCAGUUCUUCAAGGAACCCCUUGAUGCCUCCGCUCCCUACUGGGACUACGUGAUCGGCAAUGAGGGCGAGGCCGCCGCCUACGCCGAGUCCCACGGCCUCAACACCACCGAUGUCAAGGAGAUCGCAAAGGCUCUUGCCAACCUUCCCAAGGAGAACACCCAGCGCAAGCGCGUUGCCAUCAUCACCCAGGGCACCGAGCCUACCAUCGUUGCCAUCCAGGGCGAGGAUGAGGUCAAGGAGUACCCCGUCCACUCCAUCGACCCCGCCAAGAUCAACGACACCAACGGUGCCGGUGACGCCUUCGCUGGCGGCUUCGCUGCCGGUGUCGUCGAGGGCAAGUCCAUCGAGGAGUCCAUCCACAUGGGCCAAUGGCUCGCUAAGCUCUCCAUCCAGGAGCUCGGUCCCUCCUACCCCUUCCCCAAGCAGGCUUACCCCGGACACAACUAAAUCUGGGAGACCAGUUUUGUUGGCUAGCAGGGCGUGAAUUGAAAAAGAAGUAGAAGAGUUGUUAGUAGAGCGUUCUUGUUGUUCAGCGCAAUAGGAGAAGAGGCGUUGGUUGUAAGGUAUCCAGGAAGCCUUUUCACAUCAGGCUUAGGUCACUUGACUGCAUACACAUGGUUCAAAUUUUGGCAUAGGAUCAUGAGUAGUUAUCCUCGUCACAAAAUGGGUUUCAACAACGGCACAAUAUACCACGGGUUUUUACGGCAUCAAUAUCUUUAUGUUUACUCCCGCUAGGGUUUUGGUUUGAAUAGUAGUGUGAAGAAAGCUGGUACGAAUGAGCGCGAGAAGCUGGAAUGACUGUAAAUAGGGGUUGGAUCCUGACAGCGGACCUGAUCGACUUGACAUCAAGAACCUCGGCUCUCCUUCUCAUGUG